GCCGAGCAUUCCAACUUGAGCCAUGCCAUGCCUGGGCACCUCUAUUUCUGCGCGGAAUGGCGCCGCUUGCGGAAGGUCCUGGCGAUUGAGGAAGAUCUCCUCUAUGACUUCGUCUUUGCAGCGCCUUCCUGGGACAAUGUGCCCGUGGAUUCCAGCUGUGAAUUCGUCAAGACGAAUCAGUUGCAAGGAUGGACAGUGGAGAUCGAGCAGGAUCUCUUCGACCGCAUCAGGGAGGACUUCUUGGCGGAAAGCAGUGAAGCCAGGAGUCCACGCGGCAGGAGUGCUGUUCGAGAUCGCUCUCCGCGACGAUCUCCGCAGGGUUCGUCAAGCCCCAGACGUGUCUGCUCUCCCUCAGCGCGGUCUCCAACGCCGAGCCGCAUUGUGACGCGCUCGCCUACGCUGCGAUCCUUUCAGGCACAAAGUGCCGGCCCCACCAGGCCCAUCCUUUUCAAAAAUCCAUGGCACCCCUUGGCCAAUCUUCCAGAAGCACUAGGCCGUGCGGACUUUGUUGCAGAGCUGCGAAAGCGCCUCCGUGCUCCACGACUCUUCGAAAUGGAGGGUCUAGGCUGCCAGAGCCAGGGUGAGCCGCUUUUUUCCCCUGAGGAAUGUGAGGACUUGUUUGAAGUUCUUCUACAACUGCAGAAAAUUGCAGAAAUUUCGCAUCCCAAUGCCACCCACCACGUCGCUUUUGGUUGGCACAUGGAUGCAACGGUCGACGCCUUUUAUCAAAUCUACACGCUUCGCGCAGCGGUGGAACGGGGAGCACCUUCGCUGAAUGCCUUCCUGCAAGCUUUGCAAGCGAAGGAUUCUACCCUGGUCGACGCCACGCUCUUGCGACAAUUUUUGCAAAUGGUGAAUUACAGGUUGGAGUUACAAGCGGUUGAAGCUUCAGAUUUGAUGCCAGUGGAGAUGAUCGUCAAGGCACAUAGUGGCAUCGAAGUGGAGGAGUUCAGACGCCGUCUCAGCUUCGCUGCCCCCGUGGGUGUCUCCAUCAAUGAGGUUUAUGGACACCUCGAGGUCAAACACGGCUUUGGCCGAGCCAAGCUGCCAGGCUUUCUGGACUGCGCUCAGCUUGGAGAGCACUUCUGUGGCGUGGAGCACCUGGAUAUCUCUCUACUGGACCUGUCGCGCUUUUGCCGGUUUUGGAGUGCUGGAGAAAGUCAUCUUCCUCCUCCACUCUUGGAGCAGGCAUUGACGCGUCUACCUCUGGAGGCCGAUUGGGCGUUGGAACCCUUUCUGGCGGAGCAAAGCUUCAACGCUUUGGGCCUACGUUGCUUGCAGGUGGAACGGCAUAAACGGCGCCAUGCAUGUCUCCCUCCUCAAGCUGUCCUUGAAGUACGAAGCGAUGAUGAAAAGGCUGAAGCGACUCUGCCAACAGAGAAAGUUCUCCACGAACGUUUCGAAGUGCUUUGGACUCAAUGCCUAGGCGAAGGGAAAUCGAUGGCGCUUCUGCCGGGCAAAGACAAAACGGAGAAGGCAGAGAAGGACAAGGCAGAAAGUCAGAAGACGGGUACCUUCAAGGAAUUGAGUGAAAAGGAAAUGGCGGCCACGCAACAGAUGAAAGAGGCGUGCUUGGCGCGAUACAUCAUGUCCGCAAGAGCCCUCGCGCAGCAGCCGGUGUCCAGGCGGCAGUACGAGUCCAUUUUCCCCAACAUCAGCGAUAUUCUUGCGGUAAGCAGCGUCAACCUCCGCGCUGGUCAGGUCGUGGUGGUGCGAUAUCGCUUAGCAGGCGCUUGUAACUUUUGGCACCCAAAGCACCGGGUGCUGAAAGAUGAGCGGGAGCCUUUGCCUUGGCCAGUGCCCAGCAAGGUCCGUCGCCGUUUCAGAAUUUCUGCUCGUAUGGAGAACGCAUUGCUCCCACGCACGGGAAUGGACCAAGGCAAACCAACCAAGCUUCUCUCGUUGCCUCCAUUUCUGAGCUUUCCCGUAGCAAGAUGCCGCGGUCACAAGAUGUUGAGACGCUCUUCUUUGGCUUUGGCAGCUGCGAAUCAAGACGAAGAACAUGCUUCGAAGAACAGCCUGCCGGGCCUCAUAAAACAGAACAAUCCGAGCCAUUGUCGUUGCGACAUUGUGCAAGUCUGGACGCAGAAAACGUGACGUCGACAAACCACUUGUGGAAGUACACAAAUUCUACUAGGAGCAAAGGACGCUACUAUGGGCUCCUGGCCGUACUAGUAGUAACAAGAAGCUACUAGGAGCAAAGGACGCUAC